AAUUUACCCUCUAAAAGAAACAAAAGAAAACCCGGAAAAACAGCCCAAAGUACAGAGAAACAAGAAUCUGCCUCUCUGCGCUCUUCCCUCCUCUUCUCGUCUUACGUUUCUUAUGUGCCCCGCCCGCCAUUCCCAAACCUUCAAAACCCUCAUAAGACACUGCAAACAAACGUUUUUUUCUGGAUUCAUUCAAUCUCGUCUUCCCAGUGUGCGUCGCAGCUGAUCAAAACCCUUCCAAACUCUCACUCUUGGAAGCUAUUUAUUCAGAGAUUCGCCAGCUCGAUUUGUCGUUGGUCUGAAUCGAGGCUUUGUUAGCCGUUUAGCAUUGCUAGGUUUUUUUUCUCCUUCACUGCUCAGAUGCAAAUUUCCAAUUUUUGCGUAAUUUGUAUGAGUCUGCUCUCUGCAUUUGCUCAAUUGGGUCAUUUAUAAGAAACCCUUUUGAGUUAUUGGCUUAAAGAUUCAAACUUUAUCAGAUUUUCCUUAGAAUUUGGGGUUCUUUCCGUAUUUCUUUGAUUUUCGAAUUUGGAGUCUGUUCACGAAUAUAUGUAGGGUGGUGGCGGCGUGUGGGUGGGGAUGAAUAGUGCUUUCAACGAAGAGAUACUUGCUGACAAGCUCUCCAAGCUCAACAGCACUCAACAGUGCAUUGAAACACUGUCCCAUUGGUGCAUUUUCCACCGGAGUAAAGCUGAACAGGUAGUUGCAACAUGGGAUAAGCAGUUCCAUAGUUCAGAGAUGGUUCAUAAAGUUCCCCUACUUUAUCUUGCUAAUGAUAUACUACAGAACAGCAAACGGAAAGGAAAUGAGUUUGUCACGGAGUUCUGGAAGGUUCUUCCUUCUGCACUCAAAGAUGUGAUCGAGAAAGGCGAUGAUCAUGGAAAGAACGUGAUCUCAAGAUUGGUUAAUAUAUGGGAAGAGAGGAGGGUUUUUGGAUCUCAGGCAAAUAGCCUUAAAGAUGUUAUGCUCGGAAAAGAACUGCCCACACCAUUGCAAUUUGGCAGAAAAAGGUCUCGUUCUGUCAGGAUAGUGAAAAGGGAUUCAAGGUCUAUAAAAACGAAAUUGACAAUUGGAGGUCCAGCUGAAAAAAUAGUAUCAGCGUUUCACGCGGUGCUGAGUGAACACACGAAUGAAGAGGAAGAAAUGAAUAAAUGCAAGUCUACAGUCCACCGAGUAAAAAAGAUGGAGAAAGACGUUGAUAUGGCCCUCUCAACAGCAAAUGAUCCGAAUAGAAAGACAUUGUCUAAAGAGCUGGAGGAGGAAGAAAACGUAUUGAAACAAUGUAUUCAAAAACUUAAAGUAGUUGAAGCAAAUAGAGCUGUCCUUGUGUCUCAGUUAAAAGAAGCAUUAAAUGAACAGGAAUCUGAACUGGAGAACGUUCGCACUCAGAUACAGGUUGCACAGGCUCAGGCAGAGGAAUCGAGCAACAUGCGAAAGCAUUUAGACGAUGAAGACUACGUGGCAGAUCCGAAACCUUUGACUACAACAGCUACGUCAGUUGAAGUAAGCGCAAAGGCGGGAGGACAAACGCAAAAAAAGACAGCAGCAGCAAUUGCAGCCGAGGUUGCUGACAAGCUUACAGCAUCCACCUCGUCUCAGUACAUCAUGUCAUCGGUUCUCUCCACGUUUGCUGCUGAGGAGGCGAAGAAUGCGGGCCUGACAAAGCCUUCAGUAGCGUCGACUUCUUUCACAUCAACGCCCAUCAAUGCUGCAAACUAUUCUAUGACGAAGCCAGAACGGCCCCUCUCAGAUCCAAGCGUUCUCAUGCCAGCACAGGCGGUUAACCCUCCUCCGAGCAACCCUUAUCAGUCGGUGAUGGUGAUGCACCCGACAAUGCAGGGCCAAUUCUCCAACUCCCAAGCUCAGUAUCAUUCGCUCCCAAACCCACCUUCCCAGCAAUACUUACAACCCUCGGGUGGAAUUGUGGGUUCAUAUGGGUAUGGCGGGAUUCCUCCCGGGCCAUCUCCCGCCCCUCCAUACUUGGGUCCUUUGGUGCCCUUAGCCCAGCCGCCAUUGCAAAUGAGUCAGCAACAGCUAACGAUGCCCCACCAGUUAGCGUUGCCUCAACAAGCACAUCCGCCUCCAAAUUUCCGGCCAUUGCCCGCUACUCAGCCCCCUCAACCCGGAAUGGUUUACUAUUCUCAACCCAAUCGUUCCCAGUGACUAUCUCGGCUUAAUAGCUCACAGCCACCAUACAAUACAUAGGUAAAUGCUAAAAGCACAGGUUAUAGUUUGCCAUGUUUUCAUGAAGCUCUGUCUGGUUAGCACAUUCCUAGAAUGUCCACCCACCCCAGUGUUGUCACCAUUGUUGUCUCAGGCAUUUUUUUUCUUCUUUUCCAUUUCUGUAAAAUGAUGGAUAGAGGCAGCUGACAAUUUUGUAUUGCAAGACAACCUAGAUUUAUAGUUAAUUCUGUUGAUGCCAUUAUAUGGAGUCAUUCCUUCAGCCUGUAUCUAACAGAAGCCAUAUCUGUACUGCUCAUAUCCAGAUCAGCCUGUAUCAAGCUUGUGAAAGUUUCCAUUUAGUAAUUCAAAAGAUUUUCUUCAUGUUUGAGUAAA